AAUUUUAAAGAAAACUCAUAUUUUUGUACCAUACAGUAUUCAUCACCAUGAAUUCCUAAAAAGAAAAAGUAAACGUGAGAUUGACGUCAUCGGCCGGGGACAGCGGUGGCAGAGCGGAGGAGGAGGAUUUGAAGCGGAUUUGUGGAUUACAGCCUCAGAGACAGCAGCUAGCUGCUACUUUAAUACUUUAUCUGGAUAAAAUCUGACUCUGCGAAACAGUUUCUAGCGUUUUUGUUGAAGAGACGUCACACUGCUUCGUAAUAAACAGCAAUAAGAAGGCAGAAGGCGUCAAACUUCACGAGCCGCUGUGAGGAGACGCAGCAACCUGGUUUCCUUGACAACAGUGAGGACGCGUCAUUACUGCUGCCGAUUAGCUGCUGAUAACAGCACAGCAGAGCAGGUGUUCCUGUCAGACUCCCCCCCGCUGUCAUCAUGUCGUCUGCGGAGUCGAGCGGUGACGGUGGGAAGUGGCUGGACGCUCACUACGACCCGGUGGCGGGUCUGUACACCUUCUCUUCCUGCGUGGACCUGGCAGACCUGAGCGGGGACGGGGAGAGUCGGCUGGUGGUGGGGGACCUGGGCUCCGGCUCGUCGGGCAUGAAGCUGAAGGUGUACCGGGGCACGGUGCUGAUGAGCGAGAGCACCCUGCUGGACCUGCCCGCCGGCCUCGUCGCCUUCUUCAUGGACCUGCACGAGCCGCGCAUCCCCGCCGUCGCCGUGGCGUCCGGACCCUGCAUCUACGUCUACAAAAACCUCCGACCGUACUUCAAGUUCACGCUGCCCGGCCUGGAGGUCAACACACUGGAGCAGGACGUGUGGCAGCAGGUGAGGGAGGGUCAGAUCGACCCUCUGACCCUGAAGGAGAUGUUGGAGAGCAUCAGGAAGAAGGCCGACGUCCCGCUGUCCGUCCGCUCGCUCAGGUUCCUCUCUCUGGAGACCAAUGACAUGGACGAGUUCGUCCACCUGCACAAGCAGCAGCCAAUCAGACGGCAGACCGUCAUCACCUGCAUCGGGACUCUGAAGAAGAGCACGGCUGACGACGACGGCGUCAGCUGUCUGGUGAUCGGUACGGAGAGCAGCGACGUCUACGUCCUCGACCCCGAAGCUUUCAUCAUCCUCUCCAAGAUGUCGCUGCCCGCUGCUCCCACCAUGAUGGACGUGACGGGUCAGUUCGACGUGGAGUUUCGCAUCACGGUGGCGUGUCGCAACGGCAACAUCUACAUUUUGCGCAGGGAGUCGGACAAACCGAAGUACUGCAUCGAGCUGUCGUCUCACCCGGUGGGUCUGGUGAGAGUCGGGAAGAACGUGGUGGUCGGCUGCACCGACGAGAGCCUGCAGGGCUUCUCACAGAAGGGGAAGAAGCUGUGGAAGGUCGUCCUCUCCGCUCCCAUCACCACCAUGGCUGCCAUGGACCUCCCCACCAGGGGCUUCCAGGCGGUUCUGGUCGGCCUGGCCAACUGUGAGGUCCAGCUGUACCGUGACAAGAACCUCCUGUGCACCAUCAAGACACCCGACAUGGUCACCAGCAUCUGCUUUGGCCGGUACGGGCGCGAGGACGGGACCCUCAUCAUGACCACCAAAGGAGGGGGCCUAAUGGUGAAGAUCCUGAAGAGGACGGCGGUCUUCGACGACAGGGACAGCGCCCCAGGGCCGCCGCUGGCCCAGAGCAUCCGCCUCAACGUGCCCAAGAAGACCAAGCUGUACGUGGACCAGACAAUGAGGGAGCGCGAGAACGGCCUGGCCAUGCACCGCGCCUUCCAGAUGGACCUGAGCCGCCUGCGUCUGGCCUCCGCCAAAGCCUACGUCAAGGCCUUGGAGUCCAGCCUGACGCCAAUGUCCUCCAGCCUCACCGAACCGCUCAAGAUGAACGCUGUGGUGCAGGGCCUGGGCCCGUCGUUCAAAUUAACCCUUAACAUCCAGAACACGGCGGCGUGUCGGCCUGUCAUGAACCUGGCCAUCAGCUUCCUGUAUGAUGAGAGCCUGUACAGGAUGAGGAACCCGUACAUGAGGAUCCCCCUGCUGGUGCCCGGACUCAUCUACCCCGUCGAGACCUUUGUGGAGUGCACCAGCGACAAGGGCAUCUCCGACAUCAUCAAGGUGUUCGUCCUGCACGAGGGGAAGAGCUCCCCGCUGCUGACCGCCCACAUCAACAUGCCCGUCAGCGAGGGACUGACGCUCAACUGACAAAACAUGACGCUUCAACUUUAUUCAUUACAGACGCCAAACAUCACAGGACUGAACUGAGAACAGAAAAGCUCACCUGGCUUCAGCUCAAACUUACAGAGUACUCCUUGUAGUCGGGUCAGAUCGAGGUCGCUCCAGAACCCGCUCCAGAAUCCUUGACCAGACCAAGACCAUGUCUUCUAAAGAGUCUCAGUGUGGUUGUUUUGGUCUGCACACGAGUAAGAUUGUUGUGUCCAGAUCUGCAGAGACAAUUCAUACCAACCAACCGACCGGAGUCUAAUUCAUCUGGACUAAACAACACAGGUUUGAAAACACCCUGAGACCGGUUUCAGUCCACUUCCAAUCAGACUCUGGUGGCUCAUUUGUGGUGUGAAAGCAAUCAGACUAACUACAGGGCUGUGAGAGAGUAGAUAUGUGAUUUUAGGACGAAUUCAAAACCUAAACUACUGUUGAUAGAUUGAGCUGUUAAGAAAGCGAUCUCCUGAUCUGUAUAAGUGAUGUGUAGCCUGAUAUACUAGAGCUAGAUGGUGACCAUGGUAACCCUUUCUACACGUUUGUUAAUAUAUUUAUAACAGAUGAGGUCCAGUUCCAGUCUGGACUGAUACAGCUGAUAAUUAGUCAUUUCUUGGUGAACUCUUGGUGACUCCAGAGAAGAUCAAUACCUGCUGUCAGUCACCACGAUUACCUCUGUGGGUCCACGUAGAGCUGAUGAUGCAGGAUCACCAAAACUGUCCAAUCAGCGAGUCAGUCAGUCUGACAUCAUGUUUACGCCUGUUGGUUUGUUUGUAAAAAGAAACAGACCAGAAAUAAAAGACAACACUGAAUAAUUUCUCUACUACAGGUGUGAAAGAAACCUCAGUCACACAGAGGUGUGAAACAGCACCACCUGCUGGUCAGCUGCCAGUAAAACUGUUGUAAAACAUGCUGACUUGAGCUUAGUGGAACUCCAUUUAUAAAAUCUAAUAAAAUUUAUUCCACAUGAAUGUUUUUAUUCCUCACAGAAACUCGAUUUCUACGACUGAAUUUAUGAGAUUAAAUGUUUAGCUGCAGUGGUGACCAUUUCAGACCUUUGUAGAUAACGUCGAUGUUUGUAUCGAUUUGUUCAAGUUUGUGUAAAUGUUUAAAACAGUGGUCACAUUAAAUAUGUGUGUGUUUCAGGUAAACUACAGAGUCAUCAACAUACUGUUUGAGCUCUCAGGGAUAAAAACCACUGCAGACAAAAGACUUGACUUUGUUCAUGAAGGUUUUUGGAGAAACAUUAACAGGACAAAAAUGUUCUAAUUGUUGUGGUUUUUUAGUUUAUUUAAUUUAGUCUUGUAUGAAGUAAAAUAAAACAAUAAACAACA